AGCUGCUGACCACUCUUUCGGCGCCUGGGAACCUUCCGGGGACUCACAGCUCCCUCGCCGAGCUCCUCGCCUCCUCUCGGCGCAAUGGAGACGGCGGCGGCGUGCUUGUGCUACCGGGACUCCCGCGAGAAGACGAUGAAUGUGGGCUGGGAAGGGAUCCUGGAGGACAUGAAGGCGAUCCAAGAGUCGCUGGCGCAGCCGGAUCAGCUCAUCGCCAGCGUCAAGGUGCAGCAUAGCUCCAUCGAGGCCAAUCUGAAGGAUUUGGACUCUCAGCUGGCAGAUUCAAGGUUGGCCCUGCAGGGUUUAUCCUUGCGGCUGGAUGAGAUGAUCAAGCGCCCAUGGGCUCAGCAGGUGGCUUUGGACGUGGCUGUGGUCGAGGAUCAGGAGCCUGCGGUUGAUCUGAGGGAGGCGCCUGCGGACGUCAUCAAGAAGAUUGAGACCAAAGAGGCUGUUUCCCUCGAGGAUGACGAGAAAGAUCCGGAGGAAGAGGAGGAGGGGACAGGCAGCCAGGCGGCGAAUCCCGGAUUGACGGACAACGUGGUGCUGAACAAGCUCAUGGAGGAACAUCGGAAUGCGACGCGGCAGGUGCGCAGCAUCUCCUGGUAUGGGAAGCGUGGCUGGUGGCCGGUGAUCGUGCACCUGUGCAGGAGGGUGGUUGGAAACAACGUCUUCGAGUGCGUCAUCUCGGUGGUGAUUUUGGUCAAUGCCAUUAUGAUCGGUGUGGAGAGUGACCUGAGUAUCCGCGGAGAAGAUGAUCAAGUUUGGCUUCAGGUCAUGGAGAUCCUCUUUCUGGUGGUCUACACCGUUGAGAUCGUGAUCCGGCUCAUUGCGCACAAGUGGAAAGCCUUUAAGGAUCCUUGGUUCGACUUUGACUUGAUCUUGGUCGUCUUGAGCUUUAUCGGUCAGAUCUUUGCUACCGUGCUGACCGUCCCAUCCAUCAUCCAACAGGUCUUGGUCUUGAGGGCUUUGCGGUUGCUCCGCUUGAUCCGCGCCGUCCGCAUGAUCAAGCAGAUGCGAACGAUUUGGCGCUUGGUCUCCGGUUUGCUCACUUCCUGUAACACCAUGUUGUCGACCAUGGCACUCUUGCUGCUGGUGUUGUACAUCUUCGCCAUUUUGGGCAUCGAGAUGAUCGCCAACGACUCAACCUUGAAAGCAGACACUCUGACAGGUCCGAUCAUUGAAAAGAGCUUCAGUAGCCUGUGGAUCUCCUUUUGGACGCUGACCCAAUUCGUCACCAUGGAUUCCAUCGCAUCGAUCUACAUCCCGUUGAUCGAGAAGAAGUGGGAGCUCAGCAUCUAUUUCACCCUAUUGGUGGUGAUCGUCUCCAUCUCCUUGAUGAACCUGGUGACCGCGGUUUUGGUGGAGGGUGCCCUCGAGCACGCGCGACAAGAGAAAGAGGAAGAGAUCCUGAUGAGCAACGAGAAGGUCAAACUGAUGAUUCCACAGCUAAAGCAGCUUUUUGAAGACUUGGACAAAGACAACAGCGGGGAUUUGCACCAGGCAGAGAUUGAACAAGCCGAGAGGGAGGGCCGCGUCGUAGUGCCGGAACACAUCUUGGACAAAGCCUCCGUGGGAAGCAUGACUGAGCUGUUCUUGAAUUUGGACGUGGACAAGUCGGGCAAGUUGACGUGUGCAGAGUUCAUCGAGGGCUGCAUGAACAUUUUCUUGCUGGACAUCCCUGUCCGUGACAUGAUGAUGAUGAAGAUGAUCCGCUUACUCCGCCACGGUGUGAUGAAGAUCGAAGGUGAGAUCAGGGACCUUAAGCGCAGCAUGGUACUUGCGAGCAGCGCCAAGUGAGGGUGUAAAAAAACCUCCGAGAAGAUGCUGAUCCGCAUCACCUGACGAGUCUUUUUGGAUUUUUCAGCACAGGACGCACUUCGGACGCCCGCGGGCAGACGGACAUCAGCUUUGGUUUUCCUGAUGUUUAAGAGAGCAGCUGGGAGAGUGGCAGCUUGCCGCCGGCAGCUGCCUAAAAAGAGCCGUGAUAUGCCGUGAUUCAAACGUCAUGCCGCAUCAUUGCCUCUGUCUGCCUGCCACACACCAGCACCACGCAUUGAAUGCCUUCGUUUCCGGUCUAGUACUUCCACCGGCGUUUCACGUAUUUUCACACCAUAUUUCAAGUCCGAGCACCGCCGUGUUGCACACACGGCCAUCGGCCGCGAGGCUUAGCCUGAGAAGUCUGCUUGACCAAGGUUGGCCUUGCCACGCAUACGUGUCCACGUGUCCGCACACGUAACUCUAGUAGG